UGAGUAUCUUAAUAGCAGACAUGAAAAAGAUAAGCAAAGAAAAUAUGAAAAACGCGUUCUAGAAUCAGAUGAACAGAAAGACAAAAGGAAGCAACAGAAUGCAUCAAAUAUGCACAAAAAAUACGCUUUAGAAACUGCAGAAGAAUAUCUUAGUCAAUGCCAAAAAAGUUCUGCUCAAAAAAAACAGACAAGGUUAGAUCAGUGUAAUCAAACCGAAUCUAUCAACAUAGAACAACUUUCUGCAGUUGAUUGA